AUGUCGGGGAUGCACGAAGACUCGUGUGCCCCGGAGCAAACUCGACAAAUCCGGCAGAGAGCUAGGAACGCUUCCAAACAGACCGCAUCGGCCGUCACUGGCAAACCACGUAAGCACAAGCAGGCCAAAUGUGGGCCCGGCCAGGAGAUAAAUGGGCCAGAGCUAUUUCGUGAAGCGGCGGACGGCAAUGAGCUCCAGAACCAAUCUAAAGCCGGCUGUCUGACUGCUACCCUGACCUCUGACCCCAGAGUGAGGGAUUCGUGGAAGAUGAACCCAGACGAGAAAAUGCAAAUGCUCGAGAGGGCGGGGAAGACCAAGGCGCUGGUGCUCACCUUGGUGUACCGAGAUGGAACCACUCAGUUGGACCCAGAACAGAAGCUCACUCCAGAAGUGUGUGGCCUCCUCGUACUGAUGAAGAACAAGCUGGACCGCAGCGCACCAGAGGACUCGCUGGAGCCAAACGACUGUCUGGUCUACUUGAAACUGGAACACACACCUGCGUGGGCCCAGCAACACACACACCAAAGCCAGGAGCUCUUUACCAAAGAUAUGCUGCUGCUGGUGCUAUCGAGCUCUCAACCGGCGGUGUGCUACAAAGCCAAGGAUUUACUUUGUACAGCUCUGCAAUUUUACCGACCAGAGCUCAGCUGGAAACAAGUGGCAGGCUGUCGUAUCCAUGACCCGCAGGUGUCGGGGUGGCUACUGGAUCCUGCAAAUCCCUCCUCCUGCUACCCGGAGCUUCUCAGCAGACACAGCAAAAGGCCCCGUACGAUACCGGCCAUGGGAACCAAGAAGGUGUCUCAGGUCAUCUCAGGUCUCUAUUCGCUGUACUGGCUCAACAUGGAGCUAUGCUUUAAACUACAGAGCCAAGGGCUGUGGCGGCUGUACUCGGACAUGGAGCUGAACAUGAUCUCUGUUCUGGCAGCCAUGGAGAGCCAUCGCAUCCACGUGGACAAAGAAGCUCUUAAGAGAACGUCAGAGCUGCUGGGGACCAAGAUGAAGCAGUUGGAGCAGGACGCCCACCGAGCAGCAGGACAGAUCUUCUUGGUCACCAGCAGCACUCAACUACGAACAGUCCUGUUUGAGAAGCUGUGCCUCCAUGAGCGCUGCGAGAACAAGAAACUUCCCAAGACCGUCAAUAAACAACAGCAGUCAACAUCAGAAGCUGCAUUGUUGCAGCUUCAGGACCUGCACCCGCUGCCAAAGAUCAUCCUCGAGUACAGACAGGUCCACAAAAUCAAGUCCACUUUUGUCGAUGGGAUUCUCUCAUGCAUGGCGAGCAAGAACUCUGUUUCCUCGACAUGGAACCAGACAAGUGCUGUGACGGGGAGAAUCUCAGCCAAGCACCCAAACUUCCAGGCGUUGCCGAGACAGCCGCUUCAAAUCACCAAGAAGCAGUACGUCCAAGGAAAGGAGGAGGAGGUGGUGACUGUUCAUCCUCGGGCGAUGUUCAUCCCUCAUGAUGGAUGGACUUUUCUCUCUGCAGACUUCUGCCAGGUGGAGCUCCGUCUGCUUGCUCACCUUUCCUCUGACCCUGAGCUGCUCCGCAUUUUCAUCAACCCACAGGUGGACGUCUUUACCAUGUUGGCCUCUCAGUGGAAGGGGGUGAGUGAAGGCGAGGUGACUUCAGAGGAUCGGGAACACGCCAAACGCAUCGUCUACUCUGUGGUGUACGGGGCAGGUCGUGAGCGUCUGUCCGGGAUCCUCGGGGUGAGUGCUGAGCAGGCCAGCCGAUUCCAGGACAGCUUCCUGCAGACCUACAAAGAGGUCCAGACUUUCAUCCAGAGGACCAUCCAGCAGUGCCACAAGCAAGGUUAUGUUCUCUCCAUCAUGGGGCGUCGACGCAGCCUCCCGAACAUCAACUCACCCGACUGGGGCCUCCGCAUGCAGGCGGAGAGGCAGGCAGUCAACUUUGUGGUCCAAGGUUCUGCUGCUGACCUCUGUAAGAUGGCAAUGAUCAAAAUCUUCAACCUGGUCUCCUCCUCCAGCUCGCUCUCCGCCAGGCUGGUGGCACAACUCCACGAUGAGCUGCUGUACGAGGUGGAGGACUCCCAGGUGGAGCAGUUUGCAGGUCUGGUGAGGAGCACCAUGGAGUCCCUUCAGCACAUCGACCAUCUCGGAGUCCAUCUGAAGGUCCCCCUGAGGGUGGCGGUCUCCAGUGGAAAGUCUUGGGGAUCCAUGUCGGACCUUAAUCCCCCGACAGUGUCUCCCUCUCAUUGAGUCCUUCCUCCCCCUUCACCGCCUCUCUUUACUUUUCUCUCUCUCUCCUCCCUCUUGGUGUGUUCUGCCUCUUCUCGCUUGUUCCCUCUUAUAUUCUCUCUUUUUUUUCCCGCUCAAUCCAUCUCUCUCUCUGCCGUUCUCUUCGCUUGUCCUGCAUCCACAUUGCCAUGGAAACCAGGCAGCUGCAGCUUCUUGCUUUCACUCCAUCCGUAUCCGGGGGCAACGGCAGGAGCCACAGACGAGAUUGCUUUACUCCAUCCUGAAUAAAAAGAAGAAGAUUCCUCGUCGUCCACCUCCGUUUUCACACUCUCUUGUUCAACACAGUGUUCUCUCUGCCUUGUUGCCAAGGUGAAGCUCCACAUUUAAGAAAUUGAGUGUAUGAUAUUUGUUGGUUCAUAAAAUGGGCUCUUUGAAUGACCUCUAACAAAG